GAGUCUGGAGCAGGGAGAAGGCAGUAGGGAGUUUCUCCUGGGGCUGAACAAGUUGGUGUACGGAUCCGAAGGGCCCUGUAUGAGCGGACUCCAAGCCAGGACCCAGUCCCCAAAGAGUCUACAUGUCUAGGAACUAGUCAUGUUCAGCUUUGUGGAUACCCGGUUACUGCUCCUGCUAGCAGCAACUGCCCUGCUCACACACGGCCAAGAUGAAGAAGACAUCCCAUCCGGCACCUGCAUCCAGGAUGGCCGCAAAUACAACGACAAAGACGUGUGGAAACCCGAACCCUGCCAGAUCUGUGUCUGUGACAGCGGCAACAUCCUGUGUGACGAAGUGAUCUGCGAAGAUACAUCCGACUGCCCCAACGCCGAGAUUCCCUUAGGGGAAUGCUGCCCCGUCUGCCCCGACAGCGACGCUUCACCAUCCUACCCGGAAACGGCUGGAGUUGAGGGUCCCCGAGGGGAGACUGGGCCCCGUGGCGAGAGGGGACUUCCUGGCCCACCUGGUAGAGAUGGCAUCCCCGGACAGCCUGGCCUUCCUGGACCCCCUGGGCCUCCAGGCCCUCCCGGCCUGGGCGGGAACUUCGCCCCUCAGAUGGCUUACGGUUAUGAUGAGAAAGCCGGCGGUGGUAUGUCCGUGCCCGGCCCGAUGGGUCCUUCCGGUCCCCGCGGUCUCCCCGGCCCUCCCGGCUCCCCUGGUCCCCAGGGUUUCCAAGGCCCUCCAGGAGAACCAGGAGAGCCCGGCAGUUCAGGCCCCAUGGGACCCCGUGGCCCUGCAGGACCUCCUGGCAAGAACGGAGAUGAUGGUGAAGCUGGCAAGCCUGGACGCCCCGGUGAGCGUGGACCCCCUGGACCUCAGGGUGCCCGCGGAUUGCCCGGAACUGCUGGCCUCCCUGGCAUGAAGGGACACAGGGGCUUCAGUGGUCUGGAUGGUGCAAAGGGAGACAGUGGCCCCGCCGGCCCCAAGGGAGAACCUGGCAGCGCUGGAGAGAAUGGUGCCCCAGGACAGAUGGGACCCCGUGGUCUUCCCGGUGAGAGAGGCCGCCCCGGUCCUUCCGGCCCAGCUGGAGCUCGUGGCAACGACGGUGCGCCUGGUGCUGCAGGACCCCCAGGUCCAACUGGCCCCGCCGGUCCCCCUGGCUUCCCUGGCGCUGUUGGUGCUAAGGGUGAAGCUGGUGCCCAAGGAUCCCGCGGCUCUGAAGGUCCCCAGGGCGCCCGUGGGGAGCCUGGUCCCCCUGGUCCCGCUGGCGCUGCCGGCCCCUCUGGUAACCCCGGCUCUGAUGGUCAACCCGGUGCCAAAGGUGCCAAUGGCGCUCCUGGCAUUGCUGGUGCUCCCGGCUUCCCCGGUGCCCGCGGCCCCUCUGGACCCCAGGGCCCCAGCGGCGGUCCCGGCCCCAAGGGAAACAGCGGUGAACCUGGUGCUCCCGGUAACAAGGGCGAUCCCGGUGCUAAAGGAGAACCUGGCCCCGUCGGUGUGCAGGGACCCCCCGGCCCCUCUGGAGAAGAAGGCAAGAGAGGUUCUCGUGGUGAGCCCGGACCCACUGGUCUGCCCGGCCCAGCUGGCGAGCGUGGUGGCCCCGGAAGCCGUGGAUUUCCUGGCGCUGAUGGUGUUGCUGGUCCUAAGGGCCCUGCUGGUGAACGAGGCUCUCCCGGCCCCGCUGGCCCCAAAGGAUCUCCCGGAGAAGCUGGACGCCCUGGCGAGGCUGGUCUGCCUGGUGCCAAGGGUCUGACUGGAAGCCCUGGUAGCCCUGGUCCUGAUGGCAAGACCGGUCCUACUGGUCCCGCUGGUCAAGAUGGUCGCCCCGGGCCCCCCGGCCCCCCCGGUUCUCGUGGUCAAGCUGGUGUGAUGGGUUUCCCUGGCCCCAAAGGAGCUGCUGGUGAGCCUGGAAAACCCGGAGAGAGAGGUGUUCCCGGGCCCCCUGGUGCUGUGGGAGCUGCUGGAAAAGAUGGUGAAGCUGGUGCUCAAGGUCCCCCCGGCCCCGCUGGUCCCGCUGGUGAAAGAGGUGAACAAGGCCCUUCCGGUUCUCCUGGAUUCCAGGGUCUCCCCGGCCCCUCUGGUCCAGCUGGCGAAUCUGGCAAACCUGGUGAACAGGGCGUCCCCGGAGAUGCUGGUGCCCCUGGUCCUUCUGGUGCAAGAGGCGAGAGAGGUUUCCCCGGAGAACGUGGUGUCCAGGGUCCCGCCGGCCCCCAGGGUCCCCGUGGCUCUAAUGGAGCUCCUGGCAAUGAUGGUGCUAAGGGUGAUGCUGGUGCCCCCGGUGCUCCCGGCGGCCAAGGCCCCCCUGGUCUGCAGGGAAUGCCCGGCGAGCGUGGUGCUGCUGGUCUGCCUGGUGCUAAGGGUGACAGAGGCGAUGCCGGUCCCAAAGGUGGCGAUGGAGCUCCCGGCAAAGAUGGUAUCCGUGGUCUGACCGGCCCUAUUGGGCCCCCUGGCCCCGCUGGCAACCCUGGAGACAAGGGUGAGUCCGGCCCCAGCGGCCCUGCUGGUCCCACUGGAGCCCGUGGAGCCCCCGGAGACCGAGGUGAACCUGGCCCCCCUGGCCCCGCCGGCUUUGCUGGCCCCCCUGGUGCUGAUGGCCAACCUGGUGCUAAAGGUGAAACUGGUGAUUCUGGUGCCAAAGGUGACGCUGGUCCUCCCGGCCCUGCUGGCCCCACUGGCGCCCCCGGACCUGCUGGAAAUGUUGGUGCUCCUGGUCCUAAAGGUGCCCGUGGCAGUGCUGGCCCCCCUGGUGCUACUGGUUUCCCUGGUGCUGCUGGCAGAGUCGGACCCCCUGGCCCCUCCGGCAAUGUCGGCCCCCCUGGUCCCCCCGGCCCAUCUGGCAAAGAAGGCGGCAAAGGCCCUCGUGGAGAGACUGGUCCUGCUGGACGUCCCGGUGAAGUUGGCCCUGCUGGUCCCCCUGGCCCUACUGGCGAGAAGGGUUCUCCCGGCUCUGACGGUCCCGCUGGCGCCCCUGGUACCCCUGGACCUCAAGGUAUUGUUGGACAGCGCGGUGUGGUCGGUCUGCCUGGACAGAGAGGAGAGAGAGGCUUCCCUGGCCUGCCCGGUCCUUCUGGUGAACCCGGAAAACAAGGUCCAUCCGGUGUGAGCGGUGAACGUGGUCCUCCCGGCCCUGCGGGUCCCCCCGGACUGGCUGGACCUCCUGGUGAAUCCGGACGCGAGGGCGCCCCUGGCUCUGAAGGCGCUCCCGGACGCGACGGCUCUGCAGGCCCCAAGGGUGACCGUGGCGAGACCGGCCCAGCUGGGCCUCCUGGCGCCCCCGGUGCUCCCGGCGCUCCCGGCCCCGUCGGCCCCGCAGGCAAGAACGGAGAUCGCGGCGAGACUGGUCCCUCUGGCCCCGCUGGCCCCGCUGGCCCUGCCGGUGCCCGUGGUCCCUCUGGUCCCCAAGGCCCCCGCGGUGACAAGGGUGAGACUGGCGAACAGGGUGACCGAGGCAUGAAGGGUCACAGAGGUUUCUCUGGACUGCAAGGUCCUCCCGGCCCUCCUGGCUCCCCUGGUGAACAAGGUCCUUCUGGAGCUUCUGGUCCCGCUGGCCCAAGAGGUCCCCCCGGCUCUUCUGGAUCUGCCGGCAAAGAUGGUCUGAACGGCCUUCCCGGCCCCGUCGGUCCCCCCGGCCCCCGAGGUCGCACCGGAGAUGUCGGCCCCGCUGGUCCCCCCGGCCCUCCUGGUCCUCCCGGCCCCCCCGGACCUCCCAGUGGCGGCUUCGACUUCAGCUUCCUGCCCCAGCCCCCUCAGGAGAAGGCUCACGAUGGUGGCCGCUUCUACCGGGCCGACGACGCCAACGUGGUCCGUGAUCGCGACCUGGAGGUGGACACGACCCUCAAGAGCUUGAGCCAGCAGAUCGAGAACAUCCGCAGCCCCGAGGGCAGCCGCAAGAACCCCGCCCGCACCUGCCGCGACCUCAAGAUGUGCCACUCUGACUGGAAGAGCGGAGAAUACUGGAUUGACCCCAACCAAGGCUGCAAUCUGGAUGCCAUCAAGGUCUACUGCAACAUGGAGACUGGAGAGACCUGCGUCUAUCCUACCCAGCCCUCCGUGGCCCAGAAGAACUGGUACAUCAGCAAGAACCCCAAGGAGAAGAAGCACAUCUGGUUCGGAGAGAUGAUGAGCGAGGGCUUCCAGUUCGAGUAUGGAGGCGAGGGCUCCGACGCAGCAGAUGUGGGCAUCCAGCUGACCUUCCUGCGCCUGAUGUCCACCGAGGCCUCCCAGAACCUCACCUACCACUGCAAGAACAGCGUGGCCUACAUGGACCAGGCUUCAGGGAACCUGAAAAAGGCCCUGCUGCUCCAGGGCUCCAACGAGAUCGAGAUCCGGGCCGAGGGCAACAGCCGCUUCACCUAUGGUGUCACAGAGGACGGUUGCACGAGUCACACCGGAGCCUGGGGCAAGACGGUCAUCGAAUACAAGACCACCAAGACCUCCCGCCUGCCGGUCAUCGACUUGGCCCCCAUGGACAUUGGCUCUCCCGACCAGGAAUUCGGCGUCGACAUCGGGCCCGUUUGCUUCCUGUGAACGCCCCUCCGCCCGGCUUCCUUCGACACCCCCGGCUCCCUUCCCCGGAAAGAAAACCCACCCCCACCGGCCGGAAAACAAGACAAAGCAAAGGAACCGUUUCACAUGGACUUGAAUUCGUGGUUUUUAUUUUCCUCUCCAUUCAGUUCUCCAACUUAGUUCUCGUCUCCGUCAAACCCGACCGAAAAAAAAAAAAAGCAUUAAACCAAAAAAAAAAGCGAAUAAAUAAAUAACUUUUUAAAAAAAGGAAAUUGGGUCCACUUGCUUGAAGACAGAUGUGGGGCCGCCGAGAAGGCCAAUCUCCCCUCCCCUCUCGUCUGCACCUCGACCUCCCCGCCCCCCAUCCAGGGGCAGAGGCCGAAGAGAGAAAACGGGGCGACAAGUGAUCAGAGCGGGUCCCUCCGGACCCCGCGGAGGCUAUUCUUUGCUGGCCUUCGGGAGCCCUGGACAGGACGUCGCUAGCCUCGAGGGCCGAAGGGUCUCCAGAGGGGGGGACACCCCUCCCCCCCUUGUUUCUCUGGGGUGGGAGGUGGGGGGAGGGGGCAGAUGGCAGGAGGGAGCUGCGAAGGGUCAAUUGUAUAUGUUUGUUGUCAGAAGACUACCUCUCGUCACCGCGGGCGCCGCCUAGAAGGGGCAGGGAGGGGGGUCUUCCCGGCCCCUCUCCCGAGGCCGCCCCACUCUGACCACUGGUGCUAAUUCUUCGUUGUCCAGCUCUCCGCCCGCCCCUGUCCGGCCGAGGGAUGCCAGCCACCUGGGUCCGGCGGGGGGAGGGGGGUCACCAUGUGGUGCUCUAACAGUUGCAAAGUGCAGUGUCCACCGAUGUCUGGCUUUGCUCCCUUCCCGCUUUGGGACUUUUGUGAAUUUUCUAAGGUG